CACACUCCAAGCAGAGCAAAGCCAUCAAGGCGCCCUUGGCUAGCGUAUCGCAGAAGUUGAAAGCCAAACUCUGCCGGCCUCUCCCUCCAGGUGACAUACGCCCAUAAACAUGAAAUCGACUGGUAAAUCGUGCAUGUAUUUGGGUUUCCUUUUGGGGACCAUCGUACUAUUUUGUUUAGAAGUAAGAGCAGACACCACCAUGAGUCCCGUGACGACAGCUGGAAGUCCCUCGGUUCCCACUGUUCAAAAUCCGGCAAGCCAAAACCCAACAGACACAAGCAUUGCCCCUACUACACCGGCUUCCCAGGAGACAACUACUUCUACAACGCAGACAACCACCAUCAGAGCCACGCCUCUAACGUCCCCCUUCCCGGAGACAUCAGCCCCUCCGGCAUUAGCCUCAGCCCUGCCGACGGAAGGGCCGACAUCUUCCUACACUGUCGCGGGCAAGGAUCAAGAACUUGUGACCCUUGGCAAAGCCCAGACUGAAGCGGAACUCUGUGAAGAAAACAGUAAAAGACUGGUGCUCAUUUGCCUCAUCGUAAUAGGUGCGCUCGUCUUCCUUUGCGUGUGCCUACUCUUGGCCACGGUUGUAAUGGCAACCAAACUGUCCUAUUUCAAGAGAAGACAGCCAAGCAAGCGCCUUCCCAGAAGCAACGGGGACUUCCUGAGUGCUAAUAGCUUGUGGCCGGCUGGAUUAGAGACGCUACAGCGGAUGGCCGUCGAGACGUCGGAAACAGACUCAGUGACCCAACGUUCGGGAUCAAAGAGAAUGGCUGCAGGGCAGGGGAAGACCGCAGAAGAGGCUAGCAAGAAGCUAGCUAGUGAAAUAUCAGACAGGCAGAAGCACAAGGAGACGUCAGCAAAGGAGACCCCAGUACCAUAAGCAAGGCUGAGAUUUAAGCAUCAUUCCGAUAUCCAAAGGGGAGGGGGGAAGCUUGAAACCUGUGCGCCACUAGUCCAGAUGUAUUGGGUCCCAGGGUUUUUCAUGACACCGGCAAUUUUGGGGGGUGGUAGAGAUCAUACGUUACUUCAGGAUUCCACCCGUCUUGACAGCUAGUCAAAUGGGGAUGACUUUUAAGGGAGUUCCGAACGUUGUGUGUGCAAGAAGAAAGCAAACAUUGAGGGAGGGGGACAGAACAGAUAGAAGGCUGGAAAAAGACCCACACACGCACCCAGUGGCAAGGAUAGCUGAGAAGUGCAGCUGGGCUUUGUAAGCAUGCACUACUACGCCCAUCCUCACUUUCCCUGCAGUGGGUCUCAGCGCAUGAAAGCAGGGGCACAGGGGAGGUGCAAGCUCUUGCCAGCCAGCCCGGCCGGCCCCUGCUUGGAUUAACAGAACUGUUUCAUCUGUUCAUCCCAAGCCUUUGGGAUGCUGAUCAGCAUGGUGGGGUCAUUCUCUGGCGGACUUCCCAAAAGGUGUCCUCCUUUUACGGAGGCUCUACUCCCUUCUCAUUUCUCUCAGUUGAUGGGAAUGUUUGUGCACCAGCAAGAGAGAGGAAUUCCAGAUCAAUUCCCUUUGUUCUGUCAUGUGCUUAGGGAAGAAGCCGAUAAGGGCCAGCAAAACACCCGCUUAAUUGCUUUGCUUAAUCUACAUGGCAUUCUCCCCCCACCUGCAUAGGGCAGGAGCCACCUGGAAUUCUUCCACUCAAGGCCCACUGAAAUGAACUUAUCGCAGUCAAGAUAUGUUUUUCAGCUUCUGUAAUACUGUUUCUUGUAAGUAACUUAAAACAAAGCAAGCAGGUGGAGUUUUGCAUUCCUGAAGGGGGAAAAAAGGGGGGGUAUUUCCUUUUAAAAUAGGGUCACAGUAAAGCUUUCAAUAAUAAAAGUUUUACGGGAGGCUCUAGAACAGCCUACUUGAACACAUACAAGGUUGCUCAUUGAAAUGAACCAUCUUGUGGAACGCACAGUUUGUUCUGAACGGAAGUUCUCAUUUAAACAAGUGUUUCCACCAUCCUUGUACUUCUGCAUUUAUAAGCUUGAAAGUGAAACCUUAAUCUCUGACAUGAACCGAGCAAUGGAUUCAUUGCAAAGAAUUUCAAA